AUGUCUCUACAGUUAUUAAAUCCAAAGGCAGAAUCUUUGAGAAGAGAUGCUGCAUUGAAAGUCAAUGUUACCUCGGCGGAAGGUUUACAAUCUGUUCUAGAAACAAACCUUGGUCCUAAGGGAACUUUGAAGAUGUUAGUCGAUGGUGCAGGUAAUAUUAAAUUGACCAAGGACGGUAAAGUGCUAUUGACAGAAAUGCAAAUUCAAUCACCAACUGCGGUUAUGAUUGCCCGUGCCGCCGCUGCACAAGAUGAAAUUACUGGUGAUGGUACCACUACAGUUGUCUGUCUUGUCGGUGAACUAUUGAGACAAGCUUAUAGAUUCAUUCAAGAAGGUGUACAUCCAAGGAUUAUCACUGAUGGGUUUGAAAUUGCCAGAAAGGAAGCUUUGAACUUCUUAGACAAUUACAAGAUUUCUAACGAGGGACAAUUUGACAGAGAAUUUCUUCUACAAGUUGCUAGAUCAUCCCUAGCCACCAAAGUUAACGCAGAAUUAACUGAAGUACUAACGCCUAUUGUUACUGAUGCGGUUUUGAACGUUCAAAAUGAAGAAAAUGCACUAGAUUUACAUAUGGUGGAGAUCAUGCAGAUGCAACAUUUAUCUCCAAAGGAUACAACGUUUAUCAAAGGUUUAGUUUUAGACCACGGUGGAAGACAUCCAGAUAUGCCUACUCGUGUUGAAAAUGCAUACGUUUUAAUCUUAAAUGUUUCAUUAGAGUAUGAAAAGACUGAAGUAAAUUCAAGCUUCUUCUACAGUACAGCAGAUCAAAGAGAUAAAUUAGCUGCAAGUGAAAGAAAAUUUGUUGAUGAAAAAUUGAAGAAAAUUAUUGAUUUGAAAAAUGAAGUUUGUGGACUUGAUUCUAAUAAAGGUUUUGUUAUAAUUAACCAAAAAGGUAUUGAUCCAAUGUCCUUAGACGUUCUUGCCAAACAUAACAUUUUAGCAUUAAGAAGAGCCAAGAGACGUAAUAUGGAAAGAUUACAACUAGUAACUGGUGGUGAAGCUCAAAACUCUGUUGAUGAUUUAUCCCCACAAAUCUUAGGUUUCUCCGGUUUGGUGCAUCAGGAAACAAUUGGUGAAGAAAAAUUUACUUAUGUCACUGAAAACAAAGAUCCAAAAUCAUGUACUAUUCUAAUCAAGGGUUCCACCCACUAUGCAUUGAACCAAACCAAAGAUGCUGUUAGAGACGGUCUGAGAGCUGUUGCCAACGUUCUUAAAGACACAGCCGUCGUCCCUGGUGCUGGUUCAUACUUCAUCGAAGUCUCUAACCACCUGAAAAAAGCCAAUAUGAACAAAUUAGGUGCUAAAGGUAAAACGAAGACAGGUAUCCAGGCCUUUGCUGAAGCCAUGCUUGUAAUUCCAAAAACUUUGAUCAAAAACUCUGGAUUCGAUCCAUUAGAUGUUCUUGCGCUAUGCCAAGACGAACUAGAUGAAGCCACUGAAGAACGUAGAUACGUAGGUGUCGACCUAAAUAUUGGUGAUUCCUGUGAUCCAACCAUCGAAGGUAUUUGGGAUUCCUACCGUGUCUUAAGAAAUGCCAUCAGUGGAGCUACAGGUAUUGCAAGCAACCUUUUGUUAUGUGAUGAAUUAUUAAGAGCAGGUAGAUCCACAUUAAAAGACGGACCUCAAUAA